GGAAGCCGGUUUCCUUUCCUUCCUUGGGCCACUGGCAUGUGUGUGCCUUGCACAGCCAGGGGCUCGCAGCUGUCCCAGUUGCAGACUUUCGGACUUGUGUUUUCAGCUGAGAAUGCAGGCUGAUAAGUGCAGAACAAGUAGUAGAACUGUCAAAAAGGAGCUGGUGAUCGAGUCCCCUCUACGAUACAAGGAUGUGGCUCAGGGAGAAGUGGAAGCAGAGAGCCCAGGCCUGGUGCUGGCAAAACCAAAGCUGAUUGAGCCACUUGAUUAUGAAAAUGUCAUUGUCCAGAAGAAGACUCAAAUCCUGAAUGAUUGUUUGAGGGAGAUGCUACUCUUCCCUUAUGAUGACUUUCAGACAGCCAUCCUGAGACGACAGGGUCGAUACAUAUGCUCAACAGUUCCUGUAAACGCAGAAGAAGAAGCACAGAGCUUAUUUGUUACAGAGUGCAUCAAAACCUAUAACUCUGACUGGCACCUUGUGAACUAUAAAUAUGAAGAUUACUCAGGAGAGUUUCGACAGCUUCCAAACAAAGUGGCAAAGUUGGAUAAACUUCCAGUUCAUGUCUAUGAAGUUGACGAGGAGGUGGACAAAGAUGAGGAUGCUGCUUCCCUCGGUUCUCAGAAGGGCGGAAUCACCAAGCACGGGUGGCUGUACAAAGGCAACAUGAACAGUGCAAUCAGCGUGACGAUGAGGUCAUUUAAGAGACGAUUUUUCCACCUGAUUCAACUUGGUGAUGGAUCCUAUAAUUUGAAUUUUUAUAAAGAUGAAAAGAUCUCCAAAGAACCAAAAGGAUCGAUAUUUCUGGAUUCCUGUAUGGGUGUGGUUCAGAACAACAAAGUCAGGCGUUUUGCUUUUGAGCUCAAGAUGCAGGACAAAAGUAGUUAUCUUUUGGCAGCAGACAGUGAAGUGGAAAUGGAAGAAUGGAUCACAAUUCUAAACAAGAUUCUUCAGCUCAACUUUGAAGCUGCAAUGCAAGAAAAGCGAAAUGGAGACUCUCAUGAAGAUGAUGAACAAAGCAAAUUGGAAGGUUCUGGUUCCGGUUUAGAUAGCUACCUGCCUGAACUUGCCAAGAGUACCAGAGAAGCAGAAAGCAAACUGAAAAGUGAAAGCAGAGUAAAACUUUUUUACUUGGACCCAGAUGCUCAGAAGCUUGACUUCUCAUCAGCUGAGCCAGAAGUAAAGCCGUUCGAAGAGAAGUUUGGAAAAAGGAUUCUUGUCAAAUGUAAUGAUUUAUCUUUCAAUUUGCAAUGCUGUGUUGCUGAAAAUGAAGAAGGACCCACUACAAAUGUAGAGCCUUUCUUUGUUACUCUAUCCCUGUUUGACAUAAAAUGCAACCGGAAGAUUUCUGCCGAUUUCCACGUGGACCUGAACCAUUUCUCAGUGAGGCAGAUGCUGACUACCACGUCCCCAGCUCUGAUGAACGGUGGCAGACAGAGCCCACCUGCCCUUCAGGACAUCCUUCAUGAAGCCUCCAUGCAGUAUCCAAAGCAGGGAAUAUUUUCAGUCACAUGUCCUCAUCCAGAUAUAUUUCUUGUGGCUAGAAUCGAAAAAGUCCUUCAGGGGAGCAUCACACAUUGCGCUGAGCCGUAUAUGAAGGGUUCAGACUCUUCUAAGGUUGCUCAGAAGGUGCUGAAGAAUGCCAAGCAGGCAUGCCAAAGACUAGGACAGUACAGAAUGCCAUUUGCUUGGGCAGCAAGGACGUUGUUUAAGGAUGCAUCUGGAAACCUUGACAAAAAUGCCAGAUUUUCUGCCGUCUACAGGCAAGACAGCAAUAAGCUAUCAAAUGAUGACAUGCUCAAGUUACUUGCAGACUUUCGGAAACCUGAGAAGAUGGCUAAACUCCCAGUGAUUUUAGGCAAUCUAGACAUUACAAUUGAUAAUGUUUCUUCAGACUUCCCUAGUAAGUAUUAUGUUAAUUCAUCAUACAUUCCCACAAAACAAUUUGAAACCUGUACUAAAAUGCCAAUCACAUUGGAAGUAGAGGAAUUUGUGCCCUGCAUACCAAAACACACUCAGCCUUACACUGUCUACAACAACCACCUUUACUUUUAUCCUAAGUACUUGAAAUAUGACAGUCAAAAGUCUUUUGCCAAGGCCAGAAAUAUUGCUAUUUGCAUCGAAUUCAAAGAUUCAGAUGAGGAAGACUCUCAGCCCCUGAAGUGCAUUUAUGGCAGACCUGGUGGGCCAGUAUUCAUAAGAAGCGCCUUUGCUGCAGUUUUACACCAUCACCAAAAUCCAGAAUUUUAUGAUGAGAUUAAAAUAGAACUGCCCACCCAGCUACAUGAAAAGCACCACUUACUGUUCACGUUCUUCCAUGUCAGCUGUGAUAACUCGAGUAAAGGAAGCACGAAGAAAAAGGAUGUUGUUGAAACACAAGUUGGAUACUCCUGGCUUCCUCUUCUGAAAGACGGAAGGGUGGUGACCAACGAGCAGCACAUCCCUGUUUCAGCUAAUCUUCCAUCUGGUUACCUCGGCUACCAGGAGCUUGGGAUAGGCAGGCAUUAUGGUCCAGAAAUUAAGUGGGUAGAUGGAGGCAAGCCACUGCUGAAAGUAUCAACUCAUCUGGUUUCUACGGUGUAUACUCAGGAUCAGCAUUUACAUAAUUUUUUCCUAUACUGUCAGAGAACCAAAUCCGGAGCCCAAACCUCAGGGAAUGAACUUGUAAAAUACCUUAAGAGUCUGCAUGCAAUGGAGGGCCACGUGAUGAUUGCCUUCUUGCCCACCAUCCUAAACCAGCUCUUCCGAGUCCUCACCAGAGCCACUCAGGAAGAAGUUGCAGUUAAUGUGACUCGGGUCAUUAUUCAUGUGGUUGCCCAGUGCCAUGAGGAAGGAUUGGAGAGCCACUUGAGGUCAUAUGUUAAGUAUGCUUAUAAGGCCGAGCCAUAUGUUGCUUCCGAAUAUAAGACAGUGCAUGAAGAACUGACCAAAUCCAUGACCACAAUUCUCAAGCCUUCCGCUGAUUUUCUCACCAGCAACAAACUACUUAAGUAUUCAUGGUUUUUCUUUGAUGUGCUGAUAAAAUCCAUGGCUCAACAUUUGAUAGAGAACUCCAAAGUUAAGUUAUUGCGAAACCAGAGAUUUCCUGCAUCCUAUCAUCAUGCUGUGGAAACUGUUGUGAAUAUGCUGAUGCCACACAUCACUCAGAAGUUUCGAGAUAACCCAGAGGCCUCUAAGAAUGCAAAUCAUAGCCUUGCUGUCUUCAUCAAGAGAUGUUUCACCUUUAUGGACAGGGGCUUUGUCUUUAAGCAGAUCAACAACUACAUCAGCUGCUUUGCUCCUGGAGACCCAAAGACCCUCUUUGAAUACAAGUUUGAAUUUCUUCGUGUGGUAUGCAAUCAUGAACAUUAUAUUCCUUUGAAUUUACCAAUGCCAUUUGGAAAAGGCAGGAUUCAAAGGUACCAAGAUCUCCAGCUUGACUACUCGUUAACGGAUGAGUUCUGCAGAAACCAUUUCUUGGUGGGACUGUUACUGAGAGAGGUGGGAACCGCCCUCCAGGAGUUUCGGGAGGUCCGUGUAAUUGCCAUCAGCGUGCUCAAGAACCUGCUUAUAAAGCAUUCUUUUGAUGACAGAUAUGCUUCGAGGAGUCAUCAGGCAAGAAUAGCCACUCUCUACCUGCCUCUGUUUGGGUUGCUUAUUGAAAAUGUACAGCGGAUCAACGUGAAGGAUGUGUCACCCUUUCCCGUGAACCCAAGCAGUAUGGUGAAGGAUGAAUCCCUUGCUUUGCCAGCUGUGAAUCCACUAGUGACACCGCAGAAGGGAAACACCUUGGACAACAGCCUGCACAAAGACCUCCUGGGUGCCAUCUCUGGCAUUGCUUCUCCCUAUACAACUUCAACUCCAAACAUCAACAGUGUAAGAAAUGCUGAUUCAAGAGGCUCUCUCAUAAGCACCGAUUCAGGAAACAGCCUUCCAGAAAGGAAUAGUGAGAAGAGCAAUUCCCUGGAUAAGCACCAACAAAGUAGCACUUUGGGAAAUUCAGUGGUUCGCUGUGACAAACUUGACCAGUCUGAAAUUAAGAGCCUACUGAUGUGUUUCCUAUACAUCUUAAAAAGCAUGUCUGAUGAUGCAUUGUUUACAUAUUGGAACAAGGCUUCAACAUCUGAACUUAUGGAUUUUUUUACAAUAUCUGAAGUCUGCUUGCACCAGUUCCAGUACAUGGGGAAGCGAUAUAUAGCCAGAACAGGAAUGAUGCAUGCCAGAUUGCAGCAGCUGGGCAGCCUGGAUAACUCUCUCACUUUUAACCACAGCUAUGGCCACUCGGAUGCAGAUGUUCUUCACCAGUCAUUACUCGAAGCCAACAUUGCUACUGAAGUUUGCCUUACAGCUCUGGACACUCUCUCUCUAUUUACAUUGGCAUUUAAGAACCAGCUCUUGGCUGACCAUGGACAUAAUCCUCUCAUGAAAAAAGUUUUUGACGUCUACCUGUGUUUUCUUCAAAAACAUCAAUCUGAAAUAGCUUUAAAAAAUGUCUUCACUGCCUUAAGAUCCUUGAUUUAUAAGUUUCCCUCAACGUUCUAUGAAGGGAGAGCAGACAUGUGUGCUGCUCUGUGCUAUGAGAUUCUCAAGUGCUGUAACUCCAAACUGAGCUCCAUCAGGACUGAGGCCUCCCAGCUUCUCUACUUCCUGAUGCGGAACAAUUUUGACUACACUGGAAAGAAGUCCUUUGUCCGGACACAUUUGCAAGUCAUUAUUUCUGUCAGCCAGCUGAUAGCAGAUGUUGUUGGCAUUGGGGGAACCAGAUUCCAGCAGUCCUUGUCUAUCAUCAACAACUGUGCCAACAGUGACCGGCUCAUCAAGCACACCAGCUUUGCCUCCGAUGUGAAGGACUUGACCAAAAGGAUACGCACGGUUCUGAUGGCCACUGCCCAGAUGAAGGAGCAUGAGAAUGACCCAGAGAUGCUGGUGGACCUCCAGUACAGUCUGGCCAAGUCCUACGCCAGCACUCCUGAGCUCAGGAAGACGUGGCUCGACAGCAUGGCCAGGAUCCAUGUGAAAAACGGGGAUCUCUCAGAGGCAGCAAUGUGCUAUGUCCAUGUAACAGCCCUGGUGGCAGAAUAUCUCACACGGAAAGAAGCGGACAUAGCACUCCGGAGGGAGCCACCCCUCUUCCCCUACAGCCAUAGUACCUGCCAGAGGAGGAGCCGGGGAGGCAUGUUUAGACAAGGGUGCACGGCCUUCAGGGUCAUCACCCCCAAUAUCGAUGAGGAGGCCUCCAUGAUGGAAGACGUGGGAAUGCAGGAUGUCCACUUCAACGAGGACGUGUUGAUGGAGCUACUCGAGCAGUGUGCAGAUGGACUCUGGAAAGCUGAACGCUAUGAGCUGAUCGCUGACAUCUACAAACUCAUCAUUCCCAUUUAUGAGAAGCGGAGGGAUUUUGAGAGGCUAGCGCAUCUGUAUGACACCCUGCACCGGGCCUACAGCAAAGUGACCGAGGUCAUGCACUCGGGCCGCAGGCUCCUGGGCACCUACUUUCGAGUAGCCUUCUUUGGACAGGGAUUUUUUGAAGAUGAAGAUGGAAAGGAGUAUAUUUACAAAGAACCCAAACUCACACCUCUGUCUGAAAUUUCUCAGAGACUCCUUAAACUUUAUUCAGAUAAAUUUGGCUCUGAAAAUGUCAAAAUGAUACAGGAUUCUGGCAAGGUCAACCCUAAGGAUCUGGAUUCCAAGUAUGCAUAUAUCCAGGUGACUCACGUGAUCCCAUUCUUUGAUGAGAAAGAAUUACAAGAAAGGAAAACGGAGUUUGAAAGAUCACACAACAUUCGCCGCUUCAUGUUCGAGAUGCCCUUUACCCAGGCUGGGAAAAGGCAGGGUGGGGUGGAAGAACAGUGCAAACGGCGCACAAUAUUGACAGCAAUACACUGUUUCCCUUAUGUGAAGAAGCGGAUCCCUGUCAUGUACCAGCACCACACAGAUCUGAACCCCAUUGAAGUGGCCAUUGAUGAGAUGAGUAAGAAGGUGGCUGAGCUCCGGCAGCUGUGCUCCUCGGCUGAUGUAGACAUGAUCAAACUGCAGCUCAAACUCCAGGGUAGUGUGAGCGUUCAGGUCAAUGCUGGUCCACUAGCCUAUGCCCGAGCUUUCUUAGAUGACACAAACACAAAAAGAUAUCCUGACAAUAAGGUGAAAUUGCUUAAGGAAGUUUUCAGGCAAUUUGUGGAAGCUUGUGGUCAAGCUUUAGCAGUCAACGAGCGUCUGAUUAAAGAAGACCAGUUAGAGUAUCAGGAAGAAAUGAAGACCAACUACAGGGAAAUGGCAAAAGAGCUCUCUGAAAUCAUGCAUGCGCAGAUUUGCCCCCUGGAGGAGAAGACAAGCGUUUUACCGAAUUCCCUCCACAUCUUUAAUGCCAUCAGUGGAACUCCAACAAGCACCAUGGUCCACGGGAUGACCAGCUCGUCCUCAGUUGUGUGAUUGCACCUGGUGGAUGUGCGUGGGGACUUGCUUUGUCAUUUUCAAACUCAGGAUGAUUUCUAAAGCCAAUCGCUGGGGAGACCGAGCACAGGGAGAAGCCAAGGGGAAUGGGAGAGAAGGGAAUAAAGAACUGUGUUAUUUCAUAGCAGAUUUUCUAUAGGAGUCCUAAGAGGGUACACAUAUUUUUUUAAUUCUCACUGGCAAUAUUCACAGUUUCCAUUGUGUUUUAACAGAGGUAUGUGGUGUAUACUCUUAAGCUGGAGUUAAAUUUUAUUCUUCCCUACAUAGUAGUAUUAAAAUAAAUGGCCUAAAGAAAAAAGCGUUCUGGAAUGUACAUAGCAGGGACAGCAGCACUGAAAUUGAGGCUAAGGUGACCUUGUGCCCUUAGGCUAAGCUGGAAAAUCUUGAAAAUAUUUUUUUUUCCUGUGGCACAUUCAUGUUGAAUACAAGAACUAUUUUUGUGACUAGUUUUUGAUGACCUAAGGAAACUGACCAUUGUUGUUUUUGUACCAGUGAACCAGGAGAUUUAGUGCUUUUAUACUCAUUUCCUUGCAUUUAAAAAAAUAUGAAAGCUUAAGAAACUAUGUGAGCUUAAAACUAAUCAAGCAGUUUAGAACCAAAGGCCUAUAUUAAUAAACACAACUAUGCUAAAAAGUAAAAAGUAGUACAGUAUAUUGUCAUGUAUAUAUGGUUUGUUAAUACCGUGUUGGCAUUCUG